ACCAGUCUUAAGACGUGCAUGCAGCAUGCAGUUACAGAUUACACCGUAUGUAUUGUUUAAGCUGUAAAACUGAUAUCAUGGGUCAGUGAACUGAGUGAACCAAGGAGGUUUAACACAUACUUUUGAGGGUGCACAAGGCUUUAACUGAGGGAUUAUUUAUUUGUUACAACACUCUUAAAACAAGCCUGCAUACCCUCUGAACCACCAGGGUCUAAAAAUACUUGAAAGUACCUGAUGUAAUGUGGAAAGUAGAUAAUGUACUGUGAGAAGUAGCUAAAAAAAAGUUCUUUGAUAUCCAAGUUUGCAUUAUGUAAGGAAAGUUCUCUGUGUAUUCUGUAAUUCCCACCACUUUUUUUUUUUUUUUGGAAACACACACACAUGCACAAACCAAGUGGUUACGGAUUGGGGAUUACCAAUCGCGGACUUGUCUUAAAGGAUAAACCAGAGGGAUAAAGCCUCUCUCUGACCAGCCUUCUCUGAGUUAAGACAGAAGAAUAACCUGAAAGGGAAAGGGAAGAGGACGGAUAACUUGUAGGGAUCCAUCACUUCUCAUAAAAAGGAAAAGCGAGUACUGAGCCCUCCAGGUGGAAGCAGCAUGGAUACGCAGUUUGUCUACGACCUUCUAGGGGAAAAUGCCUGGUUGUACAUCUUUGCUACCUUCGUGGUGUUGUGGACUUUAGUGUGGCUGUACAGAGACAGCCUGGAGAUUGAGAACAUCACUGACAAGUAUGUGUUUGUGACCGGCUGCGACUCAGGGUUCGGAAACCUGCUGUGUAAGAAGCUCGAUCGUAAAGGUUUCCAUGUGCUGGCCGGCUGUCUCACAGAAAAGGGAGCUGAUGACCUGAAGAGGGUGGCAGGGCCUUAUUUGAAGACCAUCCUGCUAGAUGUGACCAAUCAAGACAGCGUCCAGAGAGCGAUGGAGUGGACCAAGAAGGAGGUUGGCGAAAAGGGACUUUGGGGUAUUGUGAACAAUGCUGGACGCUCAUUACCCAUGGGCCCUUCAGAGUGGAUGAAAGUGGAGGAUUUCCACAGCACGCUGAAAGUCAACAUGAAUGGGGUGAUCUCCAUGACGAUGACCUUCCUGCCCCUCAUCAAAAAGGCUCGUGGCCGUAUUGUAAAUGUAGCGUCGGUGCUGGGCCGGGUGGCUGCAAAUGGUGGAGGAUACUGCAUCUCCAAGUUUGCAGUAGAGUCUUUCUCUGACUGCCUCAGGAGAGAUAUAAACUACUUUGGAAUCAAUGUGUGCAUCAUUGAGCCCGGGUUUUUUAAGACGGCAGUGACAAGCCUCGACCCCCUCGAGAGGGAGCUGCAUCGCCUGUGGAACCAGCUCAGCCCUGAAGUGCAGGCCAGCUAUGGAGACAAAUACCUUGAUAAGUACAUCAAGGUCCAGCGUUUGAUCAUGAACGCUGUCUGCGACACUGACCUCUCCAAGGUGACCGGCUGCAUGGAGCACGCUCUGACCGCUGCCUACCCACGCACCAGAUACAGUCCCGGCUGGGAUGCCAAGCUCAUCUGGAUCCCCCUCUCUUACAUGCCUUCCUGUGUGGUUGACAUUGGGCUGAGGUUGGUGCUGCCUCGUCCGUCAAAGAGCAUGUAACUCGUGAUGACUUUGAAGAAAUGUCUUAAAACUUAUCAGCCAUUUUGUGUCAUUUUGAUGCAGUGCAGAUGCUGACUUAAAGAAAUUAAUCUUUUGCCUUUUUUAAAGUACCCAUAUUCCUUAUCUACACUGGCCAUGCAAUGAUCUGAUGUUGCUGUUAUUAUAUUUAUAUGUCUAAUCUGCCAUGUUAAAGUUUUGUUUUGUUUUUUUUCUGUGUGAUGUCUGCUUGAGACAUUUUUAGACAACAUGAAAUAAUGAAAGUGUAUUGUAUAAUUUACUGUUUAAUUGUUGUUUUGUUUGUUAACACUUUGCUGUGCCUUUUGACACUGUUAUUUAUGUUCCUUGAUAUGGAUGCUGUUAACCAUCAGAGGCUAAAUAAACAGGAUUCUGCUGUCAAGAAAAAUAUAUAUUUUGAAUUUUAACAAUGUCUUUAGUGUGUUAUGGUGUGUAUGAUGUUCAAAUAUAAGCCGUUAUACCUACUUCUGUGUUACUUUGAGUUGUUAAUUUGUCUUAAUUACAUUUUUUGUUGCUCAUACAGUUCAUGUAAGCUAUCAGUUCAGUCAUCAGUUAUUGACAAGAUGUACUGAGCAGGUUCAGCUGGCAGUGAUUAUAAUAAUAAACUGAGAAGCUUGUUCACCAUGUGUUGUUACGCAACAGGUCAAAGUUUUUUCAGAUGUAAAUAUUCUUGCAGAGUUAAUGACAGGUGUGACUUUAUGUUAUGAUUUCAUCACAGCUAGUCUAUUGCUCAGUGCUCUAAUAUUGUUGAUCUGUCUCAUCCAUAAUACUGAAUUGUAUGGUGACAAAACCGUAAAUAAACACCCACACCAAGUCCUCGUGGCAGCAUGGCAGA